CUUCGUUUCGACUUCCACCCAGCUGUACGCGCCGCCUCCUGACGACAUAACUCCGAACUGCGCGCGCCCUCUCCCAACACAACAUGGCCUCGACUGCGACCAACGGCGACGCCGCCGCCGUGUUGGACGAACUCAAGCCUCCUACCGGUGUUGUUCUGCCGCCUCGAGAGAUUCGCAAUGUUCUCGAAAAGACGGCAGGUUACGUCGCGCGAAACGGCCUCAUCUUUGAGGACAGAAUUCGCGAAAAGGAGCGCUCCAACCCCAAAUUCAGUUUCCUCAACAACACCGACGCAUACCAUGCAUUCUACCAGUGGCGCCUUGAUGAGAUCAAGGCCGGCCGCGGCACCGCCAUCGCAGCAGGACGCGCCAACGAAGCAGCAGCACCCGUCGAGCAGAAGCCCCAAGGCCCGCCCAAGCCUCCCGAUUUCCAGUUCUCGGCCCGCAUGCCGCGCAUCAAUCAGAAGGAUCUCGAGGUCAUUCGAUUGACCGCCCUGUUCGUCGCGAAGAACGGUCGCCAGUUUAUGACCCAGCUUGCCCAACGCGAAGCCGGAAACCCCCAGUUUCAGUUCCUCAUUCCGAACCACACGUUCCACAACUUUUUCCAACAUCAGGUCGACCAAUACACAGCGUUAUUGAGAGCCAGCGGCUUGGGUGGCGAGGGCGGCAAGAUUGAGCAAGAGAGGAUCAGCCAUAUCCAGCAGAACAUCGACGACAAGUACCAUGUCCUGAGCCGCGCGAAGCAACGUGCCGAGUACUCAAAGUUCCAGGAAGUUGAGAAGGUAAAGAAAGAGGAAGAAGACGAGAAGAAGAAGCUUGAGUUUGCCCGGAUAGACUGGAACGACUUUGUGGUUGUCGAGACUAUUGUCUUCACAGAUGCCGACGAGUCCGCGAACCUGCCGCCUCCGACGAAUCUUUCCGAACUGCAAUACGCUUCCCUUGAGGAGAGGAACAAGGCAUCAUUAACCAAUCUUCGCAUCGAGGAGGCCAUGCCCGAUGAGGAAACCUCGUACAACGCCUACCCCCAGACCUCCCAGACAUUACCAGUUCACACUGGCUAUGCGCCCCAGCAGCAGCAGCAGCAGCAGCAAUUCCAGGCGCAAGCACCAGUAGGCUUCCAGGGGUAUCCAGACGGCACGCCGCGACGAUCAGCAGAAGAAGAGGAGGAAGAGCGGAGGAUUCAGGAGAGGACAGAGGCACGUGCCCGGGAACAACAAGCACGCGCUGAAGCUCGUGGUGGAACUGCUCCGAUGAAGAUCAAGGAGAACUAUGUGCCCCGCGCACUCCAACGAGCGGCCAACAAACAGAGCGUCCAGAUGGCGCUAUGCCCGAACUGCAAGCAGCAAAUUCCUAUGGAUGAGCUGCAGGAUCAUAUGAGGAUUGAACUGCUGGACCCUCAAUGGAAAGACCAAAAGGCAAAGGCAGAGGCUAGAUACUCCACGACCAACUUGUCCACGGCGGAUGUCGCAAACAACUUGAAGCGUCUUGCCAGUCAGAGAAGCGACGUCUUUGAUGGCGUCACCGGCCAGCCCCUGUCGGAAGAAGAGGCUGCUCGGCGCAAGAAGGCCACGAUUCACAGUUUCGAUGGCAAUCCUGAUGGCAAGAGCCAGGCUCAUAUCAACCACCUGCACAACCUGAAUGUCGAGGAGCAGAUCCGUGCUAUUCACCAGAGAUUUGCGGACAAGAAGUGAGCGGGUAUGGGCCAACGAUGGCUGGAUCGAUCGGGCAAGACGCACGUCUCAGAUGCCGAAGUCUGAGGUUGUGAGCACUUUGGACAUGAAAUGACGGCGUAAACUCCUUCGGCUGAAGGAGGUUACUGAAGUUGAAGCUGUCAAAAUCAGGCUCCGGGAACGUACGUGACGGAGCCAGUGUACAAACACGAAUAGAGGAUUGGCUUGGAGGUGAGAACUCGGCGUUUACUGGUUGCUUAUUUUCAGAGGACUCAUGUCGCCCCAGCAUCAUCCUACCCAUUUACCACCGGUCUAUGGCGUCUGCUGCGGCGAGCAGUGUGAUCCCGACGCCGGAAGACUGGAAUGGUCGAGGCCCACUGGGCGCGAGACGUGAGCAGGGUGCCUCAGCAGUGGUCCAACAUGCACACAGCACCUGCUGGUGGUCAAUGAAUGUAUUUGUUUGCUAGCAUCAAGGAGUGGACGCAUAUGACACAUGAGGCUAAGAUACAACGAGGGCGAUCUGCAGAAAGAAAGGUAGUUCCGAAAAGUUGGGGUUCUGCUGAAUGGGGCAAAAGACAUCUAUUUUAGCAACGCGAAUCCAACCUUAAUUCCAACAGCAGCUCGAUAUUCGGUUGGAACUCAGGGAGUCCUGUGAAACCUAUAGAUGCGAG